AUGAAAUCAAUUGAAAAUAUCAUCAUAAAUGAAAAUAUGACUAUAUCAUAUCUCAAAAAGGAAUUAGAAUUAUUGAGAAAAGGGGUGAAAUAUGGAGAAGUAAUAAAAAUAUAUUCAACAUUCAAUAAGACUCUUAAGCCAGUUUAUGAACCUGAAAUAGACGUUAUUAAUACAACAACAGAUUGUGAUGAAACAGAAGAAGAGAAUAUUAACGAAACAGAGGUGUCUCAUAAAGUAGAUGACCCACAAACAGCUAAUGAAGAAAGAAGGAAUAAACGACGAGUAAAUAAAAGGAGAGAGUUGACAAAACCAUAUCAUUCAACAACACACAACGACCCUAUCUUAGACACUCUUGAUGAGAUUCCAUUGAAGAAUUAUCAAAAAACAAUUAAACGUUAUUAA